CACAGUGAACAAGACAAAGCCCUAGCAAAAUUAGGGUUUCCGACCGUUUCUUCCUCUAACAAUAUAACAGCAAACAAGACAAAACCCUAGGGAAAUUAGGGUUUGCAGAGCACGAACCAAAGCAACAAUUGGAUCUCAGUUGUAGGAACUGCGUAGCUUUGCUACUUACUCGAACAACCUUCGAGAAUGGCUACUCAAAUGAGCAAAAAGCGAAAGUUUGUAGCCGAUGGAGUGUUCUUCGCUGAGCUGAACGAGGUCUUGACCAGAGAACUUGCUGAGGAUGGAUACUCUGGCGUCGAGGUUAGGGUAACUCCGAUGCGUACGGAGAUCAUCAUCAGAGCCACCCGAACUCAGAAUGUUCUCGGUGAGAAGGGAAGGAGAAUUAGAGAGCUCACAUCCGUUGUACAGAAACGGUUUAAGUUUCCUGAGAACAGUGUGGAGUUGUAUGCUGAGAAAGUCAACAACAGAGGCCUUUGUGCUAUUGCUCAGGCCGAAUCUCUGCGCUACAAGCUCCUCGGCGGUCUUGCCGUUCGAAGGGCCUGUUAUGGUGUUUUGAGAUUUAUCAUGGAGAGUGGGGCAAAGGGGUGUGAGGUGAUUGUUAGCGGAAAGCUUAGGGCACAGCGUGCAAAAUCAAUGAAGUUUAAAGAUGGUUACAUGAUAUCUUCUGGUCAUCCGGUCAAUGAGUACAUUGAUUCAGCUGUUAGACAUGUACUUCUGAGACAGGGAGUACUUGGUAUCAAGGUCAAGAUCAUGCUUGAUUGGGAUCCCAAGGGAAAGCAGGGUCCAGCAACGCCCCUUCCAGAUCUUGUAACAAUCCAUCCUCCAAAGGAGGAAGAGGAAUACAUCAGGCCACCACCAAUGAUUCCUACUGAUGUCGAGGUUCCUGUAGCUUAAAGCAUCGGUUACAGCUUGAAAUCAGUCUUCUUCUCAUUUUAUAUUUUAUUUAUUGAAUAUUCUAGAGCUGUUACUUUUUGCAUGGAUGGGUUUGUGUACUGAAGAUGACAAACUGUGCCAAAGUAACUCUGUUAUCUCCUUGGUUCUGUUCAACUUUAGUAGUAAUGAGUUUUGUUUAACGGAUAUAUUUUCAGUUCCCCUUCCCCUCAUUUCUCCAUUAUAGAAAGCAUGCAUUUUGUUUCAUCA